GAUGAUAUUCUAUUCUGGUUGGGAAUUAAUUUUGGUGGUAGAGGAGUGGAUCAGAUUCUCUUUCUUGAGGUUUCGGGUUAUGGGAAGCUAGACGGAAAUUUUUAUUGAUGAAGGAUUGUUUAUAUUUGCUACUUCGUUUCCUCUUUCAAUCACGGAAGCAGCUAAAGCUGACAUCUUUGGGAUUGGCAGCUUCUCCCCACUUCAGAAAACGAAUGGAUUCUUUGUUGUUAAGCUGUCGGUUACUCAUUUGGAGAAAAUCUAGAAGGAGCAAACGGGUGGAAGUUCUUGUUCUCCUUCUCGUGUAUUGGUCGAAGAGGAGGAUUAGAGAAAGUUUUACGCCAGAUACUAUGGUUUAAGUUUUCAGUAGCUUUAUCGUGCUUUACGGUGCUAUGAGGAGGGGGGAGUCUUUUGAGAAGAAAUAUUGAUAUUCUUUUGCAAACUUUCUUUUGCCUGUAUCUUAGGAAGUUUGAGGAAAUACUCCCAAAUCAGUCAUUUCACUUGUUGCAGAAUGGAUAGAUGAAAGCCAGUUGCUUUUUUUAUUUUUUUUUUCACGGCGAGGUGGAUAUGGUCCUGCUGCUGGGUAUUUGGGUUCAAGGUAAAAUAAUGGAGAAUUCAUGGGUUGUCGGUGUUAGUAGCUCAUUAGCCAGAGUGGAGAUGGAAGCUGGGGCAUGUGAUAGGCAAAAUUUCUUUGGUAUUUUUGGAUUGAAAAUGAUAGACCACCAGCUUUUGCUUCUUAAGGUUGGUUCGUAAUUUUAAUGCACAACUGAUGGUGAAUUUUAUAAAAUGAAACAGGUAACUGUUUAAAGUUGGCUAAUUUUGAGGACAAUUUCUGAUAGAAGGAGUAGGCAGAAAAUUAUCUUUCUGAUCUAAAGUUUGAUAAGAAAAAGUGGUUUCAUCAUGUUUUGUGUAAAGUUUGAGCUAAGAAAAAGAAUUUUCGAAUAAUAACUGGAUUAUCUAAUCAAGAUGAAGGUCUUUGAGUUAUAGAAUAAUCUGAUUGUUAUAGUUGGGAUUCGGGAGUGAAGAAGACUUGCAAGUUAUUGAGGAAGUAAAGUGCCGUUGUCACUUUUUAUGCUGUUAAGACUCAACAAUGUAGCAUCGAGAACUGGGGUUAAUUUAUCUGUAAACUGCUUUCAAUUGUAGUUUCUUCUAAAGUUGCACAAAGUUUUCCUAUGCAUCUUGUCAUCAAUUGGAUUGCCUUUUCUGAAGAGAUUUUUGUUACAAUUUACCGGGCAAACAUCUUUUUCAAAUUAACAGUGCAUUUCCAAGUUUGCCGAAGAACCAUCUACUCCGUAUUGGUAAUUCCAAUUUCCAAUAGUAGUAGAGCUGGCAGCUUUUGCAUGAGUCCAAAUAGUAUGAGUUCUGCAUCAGCUCAGUUUGCAACUUCUAGAAGGAUAGGUAUAUAUGAACCAAACCGCCAAAUUAGCAUGUGGGGUGACUCCUUUAAAGCUGACAGCAGUCAAAAUACAGGUGCAUCUACAAUUGUGGAAGCAGAUGCGAAACAUGACAAUAGGUUAGGAGAUAUUCCUCUGGAGAGCCCAGGACCAUCAAAAAAAUAUGACCAAGAAGCAAACAAGCCUGCAGAUAAGGUAUUAAGACGUCUUGCACAGAAUCGAGAAGCUGCUAGAAAGAGUCGUCUAAGGAAGAAGGCUUACGUUCAGCAGCUAGAAUCAAGUCGUCUAAAACUUUCUCAGCUAGAGCAGGAGCUUGAGCACGCCAAACAACAGGGUGUUUACGUAGGUGGGCAUUUAGGGGAUUCAAGUCUUGGAUUAUCAGGAACUGUUAAUUCAGGGGUUGCUGCUUUUGAGAUGGAAUAUGGGCACUGGGUUGAAGAGCAGAACAGGCAAACUGGCGAAUUAAGAGCUGCUUUACAAGCGCAUGUAUCUGACAUAGAGCUCCGCAUGCUUGUAGAGAGUGGAAUGAGCCACUAUGAUAAUCUUUUCCAUAUAAAAGCAAUUGCUGCAAAGUCAGAUGUCUUCUAUCUGAUGUCUGGCAUGUGGAAAACACCUGCAGAACGGUUUUUUCUAUGGAUUGGGGGAUUUCGGCCUUCAGAGCUUUUAAAGGUUCUCAGUCCACAAUUAGAGCCUCUGACGGAGCAACAAGUUGUAGCUGUCUGUAACCUGCAACAAUCUUCUCAGCAAGCUGAGGAUGCUCUUUCCCAAGGAAUGGAUAAACUUCAACAAACUCUCGCAGAGACGCUAACAUCAGAUCCAUUAGGUGCCUCUGGUGUUGCAACUUACAUGGGACAAAUGGCAAAUGCAAUGGGAAAGUUGGAGGGUCUUGUAAACUUUGUGAACCAGGCAGACCACCUCCGUCAGCAAACCCUGCAGCAAAUGUACAAGAUUCUCACAACCCGCCAGGCAGCACGAGGCCUCCUCGUCUUAGGUGAUUACUUCCAGCGACUUCGAGCCCUGAGUUCUCUAUGGACUGCUCGCCCUCAUGAACCAGCAUAGUAAUUUUUGGAACAAUCACUUGGUAACUUAAUGUUCUGAAGUGAAUCUGUGACCAACCAUCUAGCUAAGGAAAUGCAGUGGCAACAAAAUGGCUGUUAGUGUUAUCCACAUUACAUACGAUUUGUUGGCCCCUUAAAAACUGGAAACAGGAGCCUUAGAAGGGUGGAUAUAUGUAUAUAUUCUUCAAAGCUCCAUGAGAACAGCAUGCCUGAAGUGCCUCUUGUAUCUAUUUAUGGUGAUGUAUGUUGGACAGUAUAUUACAGCUGUUUGUUUUGAUGUAAGGAAAGCGGCACCGUUAAUAUUGAUACAAUGAUCUGAUGAAUCCUACAAUGAGAAAUCUGAAUGGGGUAUUUUGCAAAGA